AUGAAUCAGGCGGAUUUCGAUCGGGAGAAUGGCUUCCGAAUCGACGAGGAGAUCCCGUUGUGGAGACAGGGUUUCGAGUUCUCCAAACAGUACACACGAUCGUUUUGCUCGAAGCGAGGCCUUCUUAAAACCGCCAGAAGACGCGUCCCAGUGCUCUCAUGGAUUCCCAAAUACAAGGUGCGAAAUCUGAUGGCCGACAUCAUUGCUGGCGUCACUGUGGGCAUCUAUAAUGUGCCACAAGGUAUGGCCUACUCCGUUUUGGCCUCACUCCCCCCAGUCUACGGUCUCUAUGCCUCUUUCUUCCCGCCACUCAUCUACGCCAUUUUGGGAACUGGAUUCCAUACGAGCAUUGGUGUAUUCAGUAUCACUUGUAUGAUGAUCGGCCAUGCUCGAACCUCGCUUCUUCCCGAUGGAUCCACUGAAUACAAAGGAAUUGAGAAUCUUCAUCCUGUUGAUAUCGUUGCCGCUUUAUCGUUUACAACUGGGAUUAUACAGUUAAUCAUGUGGUUGUUCCGUCUCGAGUUCCUCACUGCUUACAUGUCGGAUGCGGUUGUGAAUGGAUUCAUGUUCGGAGCAGCCAUCCAUUCAGCUAGAUCACAAUUGCCAGCUUUGCUAGGGAUAAAAGUCCCCAAUCGAGACUCCGAAUUCUUCAUGAUAAUCUAUCAAUUGAUCGACAUCUGUAAAGAGUUCGAUCACGUCAAUUGGAAAGUGCUAUUGAUCUCAUUAACAUCAAUCACUUUUCUGUUGGGAUCGCGAUUUCUCUCGGAUCGAUACUGGCCAUUCAAGAAGAUCCCAUUUCCAUCGGAGCUCAUUUUGCUAGUGAGUGUGACAAUCUUCUCACAUUUCUUGAAGAUUCACGAGAAAUGGAAGGUCAACAUUAUCAAUGACAUUCCAACUGGUUUCCCUCCAUUCCACUUCCCAAAUCUCAAGCUCUUCCCUCACCUCCUUUCCUAUGGCCUUUCAAUUGCUGUCGUCGCUUUUGCCAUCACUGUGUCAAUGGGGAAAAUGUUCGCGAAAAAGCAUGGAUACACAAUAAAUCCAAAUCAAGAGCUUUUAGCCUUGGGUACUGUAUCUGUUUUCUCAUCGAUGUUCAAUGUUUUCCCGACAAGUUGCUCCCUUUCAAGAACCCUUGUCAAUGAGGCUUCGGGCGCAAAAUCACAAAUUUCUGGUGUCAUUUCAGCGUCAAUUACAUUGGUUGUCAUUUUGGUUGUUGGCCCACUUCUUGAGGAUCUUCCAAUGUGUGUCUUGAGCUCAAUUGUCAUCGUGGCACUGCGAUCUUUGAUGAUGAAAGUGACCGAAGUCGGACCGUUGUACAAAAUCUCAAAAAUUGAUGCGGCAAUCUGGGUGAUCACGGCCAUUUGCGUACUCGGCUAUGAUAUAGUUGAAGGUCUCGUUGCUGGCGUCGUCCUCGCCGUCCUCAGUGUCAUUGCCCGGACUCAAUGGCCUCCAAUGAAUGAAAUGGGUCGUCUUCCGUGUGGGGAUUUUCGUGUGGCCAAUCGUUUCUCAGCCGCUAUUCCGCCAAUUGUUCCCGUUAUCAGAUUCGACGCCCCGUUGAUCUUCACGAAUGUUGAGCGCUUCAAGCGAGCAAUUCGACACGAGAUUCACACACUUUCAAGAG